UUCACAUCUCAGACUAAUUCUUAUCAUUAUCAUGGAGCCCAACAGUCCCAAAAAGAUACAAUUUGCUGUACCUCUAUUCCAGAGUCAGAUUGCACCCGAAGCAGCAGAACAGAUAAGGAAAAGAAGACCCACACCAGCAUCACUUGUGAUUCUCAAUGAACAUAACCCCCCAGAAAUAGAUGACAAGAGGGUGACCAACACACAAGCAGAAUCACAGAACGCAUCCCCUAAGCAAAGGAAGCAGAGUGUGUAUACACCACCUGCCAUGAAAGUGAUGCUCAGCCUAGCUCUGCACUCAGGAAUUACUCCUGGCAGUGCUGGGGAUCCAUUUGGGAUCAAACACAGGGGUUAAACAUCUGAAAGGCCAGAAUGAAUCAACAUUUCCUGAAGAAGAAGAAGGCGUAAACGAAAGAGAUGAGCCUUGGGACCAUUAAUUUCGAGUCUGCAGCAAGAAAGCUUCCUGGGGAUAACUGAACUAUUAACUUUUCUGAAUCUCCCAUGAAGCAUCACUGCUCAACUUCCAGAAGCUUUCUACAACUCUGCUCUACACAACACACACACACACACACACACACACACACAACAGUAGUAUUGCACCUCUGGGAAGACAUCCUUGAUUGAACUUUAGAAUUAAGUACAAAUUGAUCCAUAUUACCUUUAAGGAAAGAACAAGCAUUUAUUUUCCAAUGUUGUUUUUCUUUUUAAUAAUGUAGACGUUUUGCAAAUGUAAGUGUUCCUACUUUAAUACUGCCAAGCUUAAA